AUGGAGUGUCUAGCUCACAGGGUUCCAGCGCCUGUCGCGCUCGCGAACCCCAAGGUCGAGCACAGGCUUCCUGCUGCUUCCGCGUCGCUCAAGUUCGCCGCUAGCCCCACUCUCGGUAACCAGCUCGUUGCGAAAACUCGUCAAGCUGCACGUGCGAGCCAGUCGCAGCUUAGGCGAAGCACCCCUCGGUGCGAGGCUGCACCAGAAGGAGCUGCUCUUACAGCUCCUGAAAAGAAAUCCUCGAGCGACGAUACCAUCCAACAGUUUCUACAACGGGAUUACAAGUACGGGUUCGUGUCGAACAUCGAGAAUGUCCAGAUUCCCAAGGGAUUGACGGAGGAGACGGUGAGGCUGAUUUCGGCGAAGAAGAAGGAGCCGGAGUGGAUGCUGGAGUUCCGUUUGAGUGCGUUUCGACAAUGGCAGAAGAUGACCGAACCUGAGUGGUCGGACAAUCGCUACCCGAAAAUUGACUUCCAGGACGUGAUUUACUACUCCGAGCCGAAGCAGAAGGAGACGAAAGCCUCUCUCGACGAGGUCGACCCGGAGCUGCUGGCGACGUUCGACAAGCUCGGCAUCUCCAUCUCGGAGCAGAAGCGCCUCGCGAACGUCGCCGUCGACGUCGUCUUCGACUCCGUGUCCAUCGCGACGACCUUUCGCGAAGAGCUCGCGAAGGCCGGCGUCAUCUUCUGCUCCAUCUCCGAGGCCAUUCGCGAGUACCCGGACCUGGUCCGGAAGUACCUGGGGAAGGUCGUACCCGUCGCGGAUAACUACUACGCCGCUUUAAACUCCGCCGUUUUCAGCGACGGGAGCUUCUGCUACAUCCCUAAAGACACCAUCAGUCCCAUGGAGCUCAGCACGUAUUUCCGAAUCAACGCCAUGGAAACCGGUCAAUUCGAGCGGACCUUAAUUGUGGCGGAUGACCGGAGCUAUGUGAGUUACCUGGAGGGAUGCACGGCGCCGUCGUAUGAUAAGAACCAGCUGCACGCGGCGGUGGUGGAGCUGUGGACGGGCGAGGGCGCGGAGAUUAAGUACUCGACGGUGCAGAACUGGUAUGCCGGCGACAAGGACGGCAAGGGCGGGAUCUACAACUUCGUCACCAAGCGCGGGCUGUGCGAGGGCAAGAACUCCAAGAUCUCCUGGACUCAGGUUGAAACUGGGUCGGCCAUCACGUGGAAGUACCCGUCCGUGGUGCUCAAGGGCGACAACAGCUCCGGGGAGUUCUACUCCGUGGCGCUCACCAAUAACAAGCAGCAGGCUGAUACUGGCACCAAGAUGAUCCACGUGGGGAAGAACACGCGUAGCCGCAUCGUCUCAAAGGGCAUCUCGGCAGGGCAGUCGCUCAACUGCUACCGGGGGCUCGUGCAGGUGCAGCCCACGGCGCAUGGAGCACGCAACUACUCUCAGUGCGACUCCAUGCUCAUUGGGGAUAACGCUGGCGCCAACACGUACCCGUACAUCCAGGUGAAGGAUCCAACGGCACGGGUGGAGCAUGAGGCUUCCACGUCCAAGAUUGGGGAGGAUCAGCUGUUCUACUUCCAGCAAAGAGGCAUUGACGCCGAGAAAGCAGUGGGCAUGCUCAUCAGCGGCUUCUGCCGUGAGGUUUUCAACGAGCUUCCUCUGGAGUUUGCCUCAGAAGUCAACCAGCUCAUGAGCCUCAAGCUCGAGGGCUCCCACUCACCAUGCACCUCGAAUCCACCUCAUUCGCACUCGCUGGUCGUCGAUCUUAGCGAAGUUGCUGCAGUCCCCGCUACCAACGCGUACACAGAUUCGCUCCAUUAUGCUCCCUCCCGACUGGAGGCAUUCAGGAGGAAGAGGACUCGCGAGGAGAAGGAUCGGAGCGUUGGGAAGAAGAGGACCCAUGACGUGGAGGAGAAGGUUUUAAGAAUUCUCAAAAGUGAUUCCCAUGAGGUGGGGGAGAAGGUUGGGAAUGAGCAGAGAAGUGAGGCGCCUGGUAGAAAGGAGGCAUUCAGGGCAAAGAGGACCCGCAGCGUGGAGGAUCAGAGCGUUGGGAGAAGGAGAAUUCGUGGAGCGGAGGAGCAGACCGUAGGGAGACACGGCAUGGUCAAGUUGAAGGAAAAAAGGCACGAGGACGUACAGGUUAUGAAGCAGGGGUGUGAACCUACGCGGCAACGGCAUCAGCAGAAGAAAGGGUAUGAGCAGCAGCGCAGCUCACCAGCGGACGACACAGACAAUGGGCCACUCCCGUGGCGACAGCUGGCACCGGUCCACUUCCCCUCCCUGCUGCCCGUUCAGGAGAGAUGGAAAGGAGGAGGGAUGAGGGAGGGAGAAGGGAUGAGCUCUGAAGGGGAGGCUGGUGGAGUUGUGAGUGCGCGCAAGUGGGUGGCGGUGUGCUGCCCUCACAUGCCAGCGAGCCUCGUCCAUAAACUGUUCCGAAAGAGACUGGUGCGAGCCCUGUCUCCACCGGAUUCACCUUUCACCUUGAAUGCCUCACACGCACGUUCAAACAAGCUAUCGCGGGUAUCAGCCAGCCAAAUGCUCCUUCCAGGAACCAUCCUGUGCAUCCCAUCUUCUGUCCGACUGCACACCGAUUCGGAUGCAAACGCUGCAACAUUCGUGUCGAGCGAUGGCAAACGUGUUGCUCCCUCCUCCUCUUCCUUGCCACGUGGCAUUCAACCAGAGGAUAUCGAAUUGCUCCAGAAGUCUGUUCUGUUCAAGGAUGAGCACAUAAUCGCCAUCAACAAGCCGCCAGGCCUGCCCUCCCAGGUAGCCAUUUACAACCACAACAACCACUGCACCUGA